CUUGUAUGUCCAGAUGUACAGUUAAAGAACUCCGGUGCCGGAAUCUGACGCUUGAUGUGACAGGUUCUGGUCCACUUUCCCAAGACUCAAACAGAUAUAAAGCAGACGCAAUUAUCGCAGAGAAACGAAAGGCAGAGAGAGAGAGAGGGGUCCCUCGCGGAAACUCCGUUCCGUAUCAGCCCAAAUUCCGUUCCGUUCGCCACGUCACCAGACCUGAUUUCUUUAUUCUUAUCGGGUUUCCGUCCUUUCAGAUUUCACGGAAUUCGCUCCCGUCAUAGAUCCGCCUUUAAAUAGAAAGAUCUGCUCUUUCUUUCUCGCUCGCGGAAAUGAGGACUUCUGAGAUCUCAGAGAAAUCAGAGAAAUCUCAGCCGUUGAUCCCCGGUCUACCCAACGAGAUCGCAGAGCUCUGCCUCCUGCAUCUUCCCUUCCCGAACCAGACACUCGCUAGCUCUGUUUCCGUUUCCUGGAACAGAGCAAUCUCGAAUCUCUUCCUUCUAUCGAAGAAGAAUCUCAGUGUCUCUCUCCCUUUCAUCUUCGUCUUUGCUUUCCACAAACCAACGGGCAAGAUCCAAUGGCAAGCCUUCGACCCUCGAUCCCGCCGUUGGUUCGUCCUCCCACCCAUGCCCUGCGCCAUGCCCAUCUGCCCGCCAGGGUUCGCGUGCGCUACGAUCCCGCACCAGGGCGCGCUCUUCGUCCUCGGCGGGAUGCGGUCCGACACCGAAAAGCCGUUACAUAGCCUCGUGUCGUAUCGGGCCAGCACGAAUUCGUGGUCUGUCGGGCCACCGAUGCGAACGCCGCGGUCGUUCUUCGCGGCCGGGAGCAUUGGAGGGAGGAUCUUCGCCGUCGGUGGUAGCGGGGUCUCCGAAAACCUCGUUUCGGUCGAGCGCUACGAUCCGGAGCAGGGGAGCUGGGCCCCAGCUGCUAACAUGCGCAGCGGGUUGGGGCGUUACGACGCGGCGGUGGUGGGGAAUAAGAUGUACGUCACCGAGGGGUGGGCCUGGCCGUUCACCUUCUUGCCACGUGGCGCGGUCUACGACGCCGAUGCGGACACGUGGAACGAGAUGGAUGCGGGUUUGAGGGAGGGUUGGACAGGUGUCAGCGUUGUAUUGGAGGGGAGGCUGUUCGUAAUCUCGGAGCACGGGGAUUGGAAGUUGAAGGUAUACGUGCCCGAGGACGACACGUGGCGGUACGUGAUUGGCAAGGGAGUGCCACGCGAGCUGCGUAAGCCGUUUACGGUUAGUGGGGUGGAGGGAAGGAUUUACGUGGUGGCUCGCGGGUUGGAUGUGGCGAUUGGGAGGGUGGUGGAAAUAAACGGUGGAGAUUGGACGGUAGAUUGGGAGGUCGUGGCGGGCCCCACCGCUUUUGAGGAUUUUGCUCCGUCAAAUUCUCAGGUGCUCUACGCUUGAGAUUGGAUGGGUUGUUUUGCCUAACCCAAAUGCUUGGGGUUGUGAUUUUAAUACACCGAAGCUCGGUGUAUAACCAUCUCCACCGUCGAAUUGUUAGAGAUGCUCAUGACUGCCGUCCGAUCGUCGGAUCGGUUGUACGUGAUUGAUUGACAGCCCUUGAUCAAGCGUUUUUUUUUUUUUUUAAUUACUUUAGAUGAUGGUGUUGUGUUUGACAUGUCAUAUAUCAUAAUAGAAGGCUAUGAUCUUUCAAUGCUGUAUACCAAGCUUUUUGAUGUAUGAAAUAUAAUAAUCCAUCUCCAGUUAGUUAGCGUGGCGUCA